GGAUCUGCGGCCUGGGCCUUAGGCUCCAUAGACUGUCUGCUAACACCACCGCCUCUGACUGCCUUGGCAUGCUUUGCCUUGCCUCACAAUGGCAUCACAAAGAGCUGCCAAUGCUCCCCAUUCGGAAGCCUGGGGCCUUCCGUGUUCCAGGUUCGCCACAGCCCAGACUGGAGAAGCCGACUGGGAGGACAUUUCUAGGCAGGCGCGUCUGAGCCACGAGGGCUCCUUCAGUUCGCCACCAUGGAUCACCGGUACCUCACCGUGCCUGCCAUGUCCUCUGUACCUCAGAUGGAGAAAAUGCUGCAGGUCCCGACCCAGGAGCAGGGCCAAGCCCAGGGUGCAGGCACAGGAAUGCCUGGGACUUCCAGCCUUGGGCCUGGGUAUUCACCCUCAGCCCACCCAGAGCCUUCCAUGGUCCUGGCCGUCACCUCCAUGUCACCCUCCUUGAGAGGGUCUAGACAAUACCGGAGAAGAUUCAGCAAUCAGAGCAGCAGGUCGAGGAGAAGUUCCAAGAAUGCACCUGGAGGGAUAAGAGUCAAAACAAAGCCGGCCCGCCAGCGUCGCAAGAGGAAGCACAGGCGAAUGACGAUGACAGAGAUGGUGGUGCAUGCCUGGCAGAAGAUCUACCCGCACCUCGUCUUGCUGAGGAAGAUCAUCUACGACUUGACUCAGUCUUUCAUCUUUGACUUCAUAAUCUGCUCGGUGGUUGCCAUCAACACCGUAUUGCUGGUGGCUCAAACGUUUGCGGUGGUUGAAAUUCGGGGAGAAUGGUUCUUUUCUGCCAUGGAUCCCGCCUUCCUUUCUGUCUACGUGUUAGAGGCCGUCCUCAAGCUCAUUGCGUUGGGCUGUGAAUAUUUCCGUGACCCAUGGAAUGACAUUGAUUUCUUCAUUAUGUGCAUGACGGUGCUGGAUUUUCUGCUCCCCUUGCUCAUCUCCUCCAGACAAGGCAACCGCGGCAACAAACUCACGCUCUUCCGGGUCCUCAAAAUCUGCAAGGCUGUCCGUGCUAUCCGCGCCAUCCGCUUCCUGCUCACCCUCCGAGUGAUGCAGAACCUCAAGGAAGUCACAAGCACCUUUUUGCUUUCCUGCGAGUCCAUCGGAGCCAUUAUUCUCCUCAUGUUCUCUUUCCUCUUCAUGUCUUCCGUGGUGCUGCGUGACAUGUUCCAUGAAGCUGACGAAAAACACUUUGGAGACCUCUUCAACAGCAUCUUCACACUUUUCCAGCUCUUCACUUUGGAUGACUGGUCCCUCAUCUACCUUACCUGUCAAGAAGCAGGUGCCUGGUACAUCAUCAUCUUCCUGAUCAUCUACAUCCUUGUGGAGUACUUCUUGCUUCUCAACCUGGUGAUUGCGGUCCUGGUCGACAACUUUCAGAUGGCUUUGGUGAAGCGUCAAGAGCUCAAGAGGCAAAAGAAGUGGGUCGAACUGAAGGAGAGCAGUAUCGCAGAUGAUGUUUUUGGCAAAGCAGCAGCAGAUAAGCCCCAAGCAAAAGAGGAAAAGGAGGAGGAAUUAUUCAGACGGACAGUCAUGGGAAAAUAUGGCAGCCUUGAGUUGAUGGACAGAGAGUGGGAAUAUCUCUACUUCUACUUUCGACUAAUGACAGCAAUUGAGACAAACCAACAGCAGUUCCAGUCUCAGGCAUCCACCACUGACAAGAUCUUAGACACUUUCUUUGAGACAGCUGAACAUGAUUACCUUUCCAAAUGAAGAUGUUUCAUGGUGUUCCCAAACUAGACUUCACCUGCUCCUGGAGGCUUCAGUUAAAGGGUCAACAUAGCUUGACGUUUUAUUGAUUUCUCACUUGUUUUAUACAUUGUGUUAUGUUUAUUAAAUGACUUUUCAUCUCUCUGUUGAGCACAACUAUAUUUGCUGGGUUUGACAUAAAUAAGUUGCAGAAUCUGUUUUGAAUGCUUGACUUUGCCCCUCAGAGGAGUGUAGGAAGCUCCUCAAGCUCUGGGACUCCUUAGCCAGGAAGGCAUAUUUUAAGGUUAGACUCACACCAUAUAUUUAAAUCAUAUUUUGUUCCACUUUAACAGUCGUGCCUUUUCCCCAUAAAAGGGAGGGUAAUGGGAAGUGAAGUUUACCUCUCACAGAAUUAUAGUUCUCAGCACCCUUAACAU